ACGGACACCUCGCGGCUGCACCUUCCGGGAGGACGUGGAACAAGGAGCGAGAGUGACAGAGAGCGAGAGCGAGAGCCAUGAGACUGGUGGCAGUGCUGACGUUGCUGUGUUGUCUGGCGGCAGGGACGCUCGCCUCGCCAGUGCCGAAAAUCGCCGAUAGUAAGGCGUCGACGCAGAAUGCCGUCGAGACCGGCAGGCAGGCACCGGCGGCACCCGCCGCCGUCGCCGACGACGACGACGACGACGACGAUGACGACGACGACGUCGAUCUAGAUAUCACCGGCGACGACGACGACGACGAUGACGACGACGAUGACGAGGACGACGACGACGACGACGACGAUGGUGAUUAUUUCGAGCGCUUCAUCGAGGACAUACUUGGAGAGGACGACGACGACGACGACGAUGACGAGCCGGUGGCAGUCGCGCCGAUCACGCCCGCGGCGCCUGCCGUGGUCCAGCCGCAGCCUCAGCAGCCGGUGGUCGGCUCAUCGCAGCAGAUACCCUCGGCAGUGGCAGCCGAUCUGAGUCAGGGCGUCGAGGAAGCCGCCGAGGACGCCGCUGGAGCCGACGCGGCUGGCGCCGAGGAGGACACCAGCAGCUACGAGGACGACGAGGAGAUCGCCGAAGCUCAGGCCGCGUCGAGCGUGCACGAGCAAAGCCUCGAAGGUGCCGAGUCCAUCUCGAAACCGGUAGUCCAAGUGCCACCGGCCGCCGUCGCGGCCGCCCCGAGCGACGACGACGACGACGACGACGACGAUGACGAUGAGGACGACGUCGACCUGGACAUCACAGACGACGACGACGACGAUGACGACGACGACGACGACGAUGACGAGGACGACGAGGUGGAUGACAUCGCCAACAUCGCCGGCGCUAGGCACGCACGUGAGUUCAAGGGCAAGACCAAGAAACAUAGCGCCGUCGUCGGGCACAAGCACGCCCGUGGCAUGUCCGAGUCCGAGCCGAGCGGCCACGUGCCGGCGAUCUACGUGGCGAAAUACAAUCGCUUCGUGGAUAACAUCCUCGGCAAGAUCAACAAUAUCCUGCGCGCGAAUUACGAGCCGGUGACCGUGCGGCUGACGAAUCCGAACGCGAAUUCCAAGUCGGGCAAGGGUAAGGGUAAGCCGAAGAGGAAGGGCGGCACCAGGAAGAACGGUACCAAGAAGAGCGCCACGAGGCCGAACGCAAGCGUCACCGAGAGGAGCGACAACGAGAACGUCGUCGAGAAGCUAACGCAGACCACCGAGUCCAUGGUGACGCAGGCGGACUCGACGGACAGGGAGCCGAUUACAACGACGCUCGCCACGGAGGCCGGCGUGAGAUCCAGCAACAGACGCACCUCCGGUAACAAGGGCCCGAGCAAGAACCGCAAGCGGACGAAGAACAAGACGAAGAACACGAGCAACGGCACGGGAAACGGCGGUAACAAAAACAAGAACAAAUCCAAGAACAAGCCAAAGGCGAAGGCUACCUUGUACGGGCUCGCAUCUCUGCAGAGGACGGGCGACGUGUCGGUGAACAUGAUGAGCGAUCACACCACGAUCAAGACGAAGUUCAGCCUUGGCCCGCUGGUGCUGAAGGUCGAGAAGGAAUUCGGCAGGGCCGCGAAAAAAGAGCUGAGAAGCGCGACUGCCACCACGGCCGAGAUGUCCGGCAAGCUGAGCUUGCGCGUAUUGCACGGCGGCGCGGCGACCUUGCAUUCCAUCCGGGUCUUACAGCCUAAGCAGGUCCGGGUGGAAAGCGCGGACGACCACGACCGGACGCGGGAAUUCGUGUGGAAGAGGUCCUCGCAUAUCGCCCAUUUGGUGUCGCAGAAACUUUCCUCGGCCACCAGGUCGAUGCUGCGGCCGCCACCUGUCGCACCUGCCGCUUAA